CUGUUUUUGCAGGAGAUACAGUCUAUCGGGGAAGAUAGAAGAGUAAGAACUGAAACUGGAGUCAUUCACAGAAACAAUAUUCUCACCUGAAGAGAGAUGGCAGAAGUCAAUUCUCCUGUAAAUAUCAAGGAAAAGAUCAAUGCUAUCCGAUCAAUUGUUCCAAACAAAAGCAAUAAUGAGAUAGUUCUAGUGUUGCAGCAGUUUGAUAACAACGUAGACAAGGCUGUUCAAGCUUUCAUGGAUGGCAGUGCAGCUCAGGUUCUAAAGGAAUGGAAUAUGACAGGGAAAAAGAAGAACAAUAGGCGAAAAAGAAGCAAGUCUAAACAGCACCAAGGCAAUAAAGAACCUAAAAAAAAGAAUGGUGGACCUGAGAAGGCCUCUCAAGAGCCCCAGGGAAUAUAUGACUGCCAUCUGAAUGGAUGUUUUAAGGACAACUCUUGCAGUGGUUCUGCCAAUCAGAAACUGGGAGCCACUUCUAUUGGGAACAAAGGCUCGGAAUUUAUACGGUCAGCACCAGUCUGUCCAGAAAUCACAGACAAAGAACGAGGACAGCAGAGAGUAUCUGUGGAAUUAAACCCAAAGACUAUGAAUGGAGUAGAACAACAUGAAUCUCUUUGUUCAUCAGUUCAAAUCCAGUGUAACCUAGGCAGGCCAGAGUCAAAAUCUUCCUCAGUUAAAUCAUCUAAUGCUGCCACUCAACUUGAAGCAACGACAGAUGAUUCAGUCAAAAAAAGAGGGCCAAACAUUGAAAAAUCAGUAAAAGACUUGCAACGUUGCACUGUUUCUCUAACCAGAUACCGUAUGAUGAUCAAAGAGGAAGUGGAUAAUUCAGUGAAGAAGAUCAAAGCUGCUUUUGCAGAAUUACACAGCUGUGUCGUAGACAAAGAAGUGUCAUUAAUGGCAGAAAUUGGUAAAGUUAAAGAAGAAGCCAUGGAAAUCCUGACUGCUCGUCAGAAGAAAGCUGAGGAGCUGAAGAGACUGACGAACCUAGCCAGUCAGAUGGCUGAAGCACAACUGUCUGAACUCAGGGCUGAAAUUAAGCACUUUGUGAGUGAAAGGAAAUACGAUGAAGAGCUGGGCAGAUCUGCACAAUUUUCCUGUGAUACAGAACAGCUGAAGACCCAAAUUCAGCUCUUUGGAGAAAUUUCUCAUCCAAAGAACAACUAUUCCUCAAGGACACCAUGUAGUUCCAUGCUGUCCUCAAUGACCUCGCAUGCAACAACUGGCAAGCAAAAUACGCACACCCAGAAGUCCUCUGGUAACGCCAAGAACUCUGAUAAUAAAACAGCCACCACUAAAGGACAAAAUCAUCUUUCUUCCAAUCUUACAGAAUCUUCUUCCCAAGGGAUCAUGACAAAUAAGCAGAAUGGGCCUUCUAGCCAGAGACGAAGAUUCAAUCCUCAGCACCAAAACAUGCGGCUCAAUGGAUCUCUUAAGUCACAAGGUGCCAGUAAUGAGGCAGAUCAAAAUAACACAAGGAGCGGUUCCAGGGCUGAACACAGAAGGCAGCAGCAUAACAACUUCAGAUCUAAAAACAAAGGAGCGAUGAAAAAUCAAGAGCAGUCCACGACUACACGGACCCCAGAGAACCCGACACAUUCAGAAAAGACCCGGCGAAAGCAUCACACGCUGGACACUGCAGAUCUCAGGCCUUUCCAAGGCAAUGUUGGCAGGGUGUCGCAAUGCAAUUUGUGUCCUGCAAGGAUGGAAGUCUCCGCUGAUGCCACUGUUCUUUCAGUGCCAGCUGUGACUUUGGUGGCUUAAAAUGUCAUAGUGGUGGCGAGCAGAGAAAUUGAAUCUCUUCACUUUAGUUUCUUGCUCAAGAUGCUUGUUGGUGAACAAAAUAAGUCAGAACAUAGUCUUUUUAAAUCUGUUGCUGCUUAAAACUUGUUGGUAUCUUUAUUACUUACUAAUUAUCAAAAUUAAUUCGUACUUUCAAUGCUUUGCCCAUUAUGUUCACAGUUAUUUUGUCAUGCCAGUACAGAAUCUUACCAAAGCAGCAUUUACUUCUUAGAAAAAUGAAAUCUAGAUUGGGGGGGAAAAAAAGAUAAUUAAAUUCAUAAUAGCAAAAACCUGUUGUAGAUAUGAGGUUAUACCAGAAAACAUUUUUUAGAGCAGUCUGUGUUAGAAGGAUCCCAGGAAGGCUAUAUGCUGUGGUCUGCAAUGAAAUUAGAUAAUCUCAUAGAAUUUUUCAGCAAAUCUCUAUCCAUCUUUCUUUCUGUGCGUGUAUUGGUGUACGUGCAUGCACACUGGAUACACCAAGAGUAUUAUUAUAUACAAGAACAUUUGAAAAAAACAGUACAUUUGAUUUUAGCUUAUUAUUCCAUAAUCUGAGAUCUUUAAAUUCAAGUAUAAAUUGUAUUUAAUGUAUUACAUAUUGGUAUUUUUCAUCGACGAACUAUUUUUAUGAGGUGGAGGAAAAGUGUUCAUUUCUUAAGUUUGGACUGUGUAGAGUCCUGGCUGUUGUGUGCGCAGCCCUGCUCUCCAUCCAUACCAGCCACUUUUCUAUGAUUAGUUUGAUUUAUUUUUUUGCAUACAAAAAGUUGCAGGUGUUCUAGACUUGAAUCCAAAUUAUUUUUCUAUAUUUUUUGCUGUAGGAACCAUCUGUCCACAACGAGAGCAACUAAUGAAUUUGUUACAGCAACAUGCAGCAGAACGAGGAGGUACAUAUUUGAGCAGAUACUACAUCCUGAGUUUUCUGUUGAAAUAAAGAUCUUACUUAGUCUUAAUGUUCUGGUUCUGUAUUUCAGAAAACGUUUCUUCAAAAAAAUUAAAAGCAUCUUUCUAA